AUGCAGACUGCUUCUACAAACAUUUUUGAAAGAAUGGGUCGCUCUCAGGAGCUCAGUGAUUUCAAGCGUGGUACCGUGAUAGGUUACCACCUGUGCAAUAAGUCCAUCCAUGAAAUUUCCUUGCUACUAAAUAUUCCAGGGUCAACUGUUCAUGGUAUUGUAACAGAGUGGAAGGAACUGGGAAGAACAGCAACUCAGCCACAAAGUGGUAAGCCACGUAAAAUGACAGAGCAGGGUCAGCACAUGCUGAAGUGCACAGUGCGCAUAAGUCGCCAACUGUCUGCUAAAGAUCUCCAAACUUUGUUUCCAGUGAAGGGAGCUCUUAUGGAGUCAGCAUACCAAGACAUUUUGGACAAUUCUAUGCUCCCAACUUUGUGGGAUGGCCCCUUCCUGUUCCAUCAUGACUGUAAAGCAGUG